AUGUCUGCCCGCACCCCAGUCGACAAGUCUUCGCAGCAAGACCACGAUGACGAGAAACUUCAAUCCCCAAUUCCUCCUGAAAUUCUGAAAGCAACGAGUGGUCGCUCGCUCCAAUUGUUUGCGAUUCUGCUCAUCGCAUUUAUGGGGAGUCUAUCCAAUGGUUUCAAUGGUUCUGUCAUGAGUGCUGUCAAUGGGAUGGACCAGUAUCUUGACUAUUUCGGUAUUGAUGGCAAAGAUGCUGGAGGUGGUGUUGGAACAACGACUGCUAUUAUUUUCGGCAUAUAUUCCAUAGGUAGCAUUGCUGGUGUUCUCAUUGCAGGACCUGUAACAGAUCAAUUUGGCCAUCAAGGUGGUAUGGCUCUUGGAAGCAUCAUCAUCAUUGCCAGUCAGGAGCUACACUUCCUCCUGUAG